GCCCUGGUUGUACAUGGAGAAUGACUGAAAAAUCAAAUGGUGUGAAGAGUGCUACAGCCAAUAACCAUCAUGAACCCCCUGCCAUCAAGGCCAAUGGCAAAGAUGACUGCAGGACCAGCAGCAGGCCACAGUCUGCGGCUGAUGAUGAUACCUCCUCUGAAUUGCAGAGGCUGGCGGAGAUGGACACCCCACGACGGGGAAGGGGUGGCUUCCGAAGGAUCGUCCGCCUGGUGGGGGUCAUCAGAGAUUGGGCCAACAGGAAUUUCAGGGAGGAGGAAGCGAGGCCUGAUUCAUUCCUCGAGCGCUUCCGUGGGCCUGAACUCCAGACCGUGACGACACAGCAGGGGGAUGGCAAAGGCGACAAAGACGGCGAGGGAAAGGGCACCAAAAAGAAAUUUGAACUAUUUGUCUUGGACCCAGCUGGGGACUGGUAUUACCGCUGGCUCUUUGUCAUUGCCAUGCCUGUCCUGUACAACUGGUGCCUGCUGGUGGCCAGAGCCUGCUUCAGUGACCUACAGAGAGGUUACUUCCUGGUGUGGCUGGUACUGGACUACUUCUCAGAUCUGGUUUACAUUGCAGACCUUUUCAUCCGAUUACGCACAGGUUUCCUAGAGCAGGGGCUGCUGGUCAAAGAUACCAAGAAACUGCGAGACAACUACAUCCACACCCUGCAAUUCAAGCUGGAUGUGGCUUCCAUCAUCCCCACAGACCUCAUCUAUUUUGCUGUGGGCAUCCAUAGUCCUGAGGUGCGCUUCAACCGCCUACUGCACUUUGCCCGUAUGUUUGAGUUCUUUGAUCGCACUGAGACUCGCACCAGCUACCCCAACAUCUUUCGUAUCAGCAACCUGGUGCUCUACAUUUUGGUCAUCAUCCACUGGAAUGCAUGCAUCUACUAUGCCAUCUCCAAGUCCAUUGGCUUUGGGGUUGACACCUGGGUCUAUCCCAAUAUCACUGACCCUGAAUAUGGCUACCUGGCUAGGGAAUACAUCUACUGUCUUUACUGGUCUACACUGACCCUCACCACCAUUGGGGAGACACCUCCCCCUGUAAAGGAUGAGGAGUACUUAUUUGUCAUCUUUGACUUCCUGAUUGGUGUCCUCAUCUUCGCCACCAUCGUGGGAAAUGUGGGCUCCAUGAUCUCCAACAUGAAUGCCACCAGGGCAGAGUUCCAGGCCAAGAUUGAUGCUGUCAAACACUACAUGCAGUUCCGCAAGGUCAGCAAGGAGAUGGAAGCCAAGGUCAUUAAGUGGUUUGACUACCUGUGGACCAAUAAGAAGUCAGUGGAUGAGCGGGAAGUUCUCAAGAAUCUGCCAGCUAAGCUCAGGGCUGAGAUAGCCAUCAAUGUCCACCUUUCCACACUCAAGAAAGUGCGCAUCUUCCAGGAUUGUGAAGCUGGCCUGCUGGUAGAGCUGGUACUGAAGCUUCGCCCUCAGGUCUUCAGCCCCGGGGAUUACAUUUGCCGUAAGGGGGAUAUUGGCAAGGAGAUGUACAUCAUCAAGGAGGGGAAGUUAGCGGUGGUGGCUGAUGAUGGUGUGACUCAGUAUGCUCUACUAUCUGCUGGGAGCUGCUUUGGAGAGAUCAGUAUCCUUAACAUUAAGGGCAGCAAAAUGGGCAAUCGGCGCACGGCCAAUAUCCGCAGCCUGGGCUACUCAGAUCUCUUCUGUUUGUCCAAGGAUGAUCUCAUGGAAGCUGUGACUGAGUACCCUGACGCCAAGAAGGUUUUGGAGGAGAGAGGUCGGGAGAUCCUGAUGAAGGAGGGGCUGCUGGAUGAGAAUGAGGUGGCAGCCAGCAUGGAGGUGGAUGUGCAGGAAAAGCUAGAGCAACUGGAGACCAACAUGGAGACCUUGUAUACGCGCUUUGCCCGCCUGCUGGCUGAGUACACAGGGGCCCAGCAGAAGCUCAAGCAGCGCAUCACAGUUCUGGAGACCAAGAUGAAACAAAAUGAGGAGGAUUACCUGUCAGAUGGCGUGACCAGCCCAGAGCCAGCUACUGCUGAGGAGCCAUGAGCGUGCGAGCCCAAUGGCCUCUGCAGCCUUCCUUGCCUUGACCCCAGGAGGUAGAAGAACUGUCUAGAUUUCCAGAUUCAUAUGCAUUACAUUUCUUGCCCUCUGAAUUCUCCCCAAAGCCUCUUCAAAGCUCAUGAUUUUGGUCUAAACAUCCAGGAGUACCCCUC